AAUGCAGCAGGCGAAAGUGAGGGCGCCUUUUGCUGCUCGUGCAUGUCAACAAGAAGGAGGAGGAAAGAACCCCAGCUUCAAUGAACACAACUAAUGCGUGAAAAAGAAUCGCACGCUAGUUUGGUGGUGCUAUAAGUCUCCUUCUUUUUUUAUUGUUGCAGUUAACGGUUCUUGACGUUAAUUCACACCGACAUGGCCCCGUUCAGCUUGUUAUCAGGAAGUAUUAGCCUGUUAGCGAAGUCCUUCAGUGUCUUGUCCUGCACAGGCUCUCUGGCAAGGUGUACCAGAGUUCUCCCUGCUGCUUGCUUGGGACCAGUGAAAUGCCUGACAUCUCAGGCCAACGGCCCACCAAAGAGACCCCUGAAUGGAUACUUGAGAUACGUUCAGCAACAGCAGCCUGCCGUGAUUAGAAAAAACCCUGAAUUGAAGUCUGUCGAUAUCAUCAGGGAGAUUGCACAGCAGUGGAGAAUGAUGAGUCCUGAACAGAAACAGCCGUUUGAGGUGGAGUCUCAACGGGCCAGGGAGCAGUUCAAGGUGGAACUUCAGCGCUACCAGGCCCAGCUGUCGCCAGAACAGAUCUUACAACAGUCCAUGGAGAAGAGAAUGAGGUUGGCCAAGAGGAAGGCCAUGCGCAAGAAAAGGGAAUUAACCAGCCUGGGGAAGCCCAAACGUCCUCGCUCUGCGUUCAACAUCUUCAUGUCAGAGCACUUUGAGGAGGCCAGAGGAACCACCACACAGGCAAAGAUGAAGUCACUGAUGGAGGACUGGAGGAGUCUGUUCAGCAACAACAAACAGGUGUAUAAUCAGCUGGCCGAGGAUGACAAAAUUCGCUAUAAGAAUGAAAUGAAAUCAUGGGAAGACCAUAUGGUGGAGAUUGGACGAGAAGACCUCAUCCGAGAGCAGACCCUGGUAAACAAGAGGAGAGCUGCUCAAACUCUAGCCAAGAAAAGAAAAACAAAAGCCAAAGCAAAGAAGGCCACGUCCAAAGGAAAGGCAAAAACAACCAAGAAGACAACAAAAAGUAGCCCAGCUAAAACUGUCAGAACUACCAAGAAGACUUAAGAUCGUGUUUACCUCCUGAAUGUACAGGACAAAAGUGUUCAUGACAACUGAAGACAGGAAGGAGGUCUGAUGAUCCAGGGCUGUGUUCUGCCUGAUUUUCCCCCUCGAACUAGAAAGUCACACAUUUACCAGUUGUCGUUAUGUUCAACAGGGCAAACAUUUCACAGUAUGCAGAUACAUAUAAUGUGAUUACACAUAAUCAAUGUCAUCAACGGAAGCUUAUUCUUAUCAUUCUACAAAAAAGCAUCUACUGUUGACUUUAAAAAUAAAUGUUUUAUGAAAGCAGAGACAUGAGUUUGCCAUUAAGUUGAAUAUAGGAGGCCCUGAUAAAGUUUCUAUUGCUCUGAUUGUAAGCUUACCUGAAAGAAAUAUAAAGGUUACUCUUGCCAUCCCACUUCCUACCUGAUUCUGGUUUGUCUUACAGAAAAUUUAAGGGAAAAUAUUGUGUUUUCAUGUUAACAAGUCUUAAAAGUCUUGUCCAAUACUUUUUUGCGUCCCUGUCUGUCCAUUUGUUGACCCUAAAGAAGGAAAUAUUCAAAACAACAAUCGCAUUAACACUGUCAUCAAGUGCCCCACAGUGCACUUACCUUGUACUCCGUUCAGUAGCAUGUAUUUAAAAGACCAGACCCUCAGUUAUUGGUGAAGAAUAAGCUUGUCGCAACUUCAAACUGUGAAAUCCUGUUGUUAAAAGCAUACCUAAUAUCAACAACUGACGUUUUGUUUUGUUUUUCUUCAAACACGAAAGUUCCAAGUAAUGCAUUUUCUUUACAGGCUUUGUAGGAGAUGUUUUUGUACUCUUAGCAACUGAAAAAAAACCUUGUUAUAUAUAGUAAAAUAAAAUUAGCUAUUUUCCACAGCAUUUUCAUUCAAGUAAUAAUGUUGUCUGGACAAAAGGGGUCGUUACUUCGUACUGUAUGAAAUCAUGAGCAGCUCCGUUAAGACUGAUCCUGAGAACCACAAUGUUCCUGGCUUUUGCUACUAAGACACAGCUGUGGCAUAUUCAUAGUUUGUUUGUCCUGCUUCUAGUGCUACUGUAUUCUGACUGUAUUAUUGGUUUGUAUUAAGUAUCUACUGAAUAAACCUUUACAGACA